CUUUCAGUUUAUAUCUCUUGCUCCUCUUUACUAAGCUUAUAAAUAUAGUAGAGCAAUUAUCAAUCAUUUCAAAACACCAUCACAUUUUAUAAUUAGCCAUGGACAUCCAGGUUUCAAUCUUAUUUACUACUUCCUUUCUCCUCCUCUUACCCAUACUUUUCAUACUUAUAAUCAAGCAUUACAAAAGUUCAAAACCCAACCAUAAAUUGCCUCCAAGUCCAUGGAAGUUGCCAUUUAUAGGAAACCUUCAUCACAUGGGUACCUUACCCCACAUCUCUCUAGCAAAUUUAGCAACCAAACAUGGUCCUCUCAUGCACCUUAAGCUCGGUGAACGUUCAGCAAUAGUCGUUUCAUCGCCUCAAUUCGCUAAAGAAAUGAUGAAAACUCACGACCUCACCUUUGCUAAUAGGCCACAACUUAGCGUCGCAAAAAUAAUCUUUUACAAUUGUCAGGACAUUGCUUUUUCUCCGUAUGGUGAUUACUCGAAACAAAUAAGAAAGAUUUGUGUAAUGGAACUUCUUAGUACCAAAAAUGUAACAUCAUUUUUCCCUAUGAUGGUUGAUGAAACUUCUCUUCUUGUUAGUUCAAUUAAGGCCACGGCUGGAACACCAAUUAAUCUUAGUGAAAAGAUGUAUUUAUCAACAAGUGCAAUAAUUUGUAGAGCUUCAAUUGGGAGGACUUGCAAGGAUCAAGAGUCGGUGAUUAUGCUAAUGAAACAAGUUGCAUCUUUUGCUGGAGUUUUUAAUGUUGUGGAUUUGUUCCCUUCCUUAAAAUUCCUUCAUUUUAUUAGUGGGGCAAAGAGAAAAUUACUUCAAAUGCAUCGCAGAUUGGAUCCUGUACUCGAAAGAAUCAUCAAUGAACAUGAAACAGAGCAAUUAGCUACAGAGCCUAUGGGCGAAGACCUUGUGGACGUUCUUCUGAGACUUCAAAACAGCCACGAUUUUCAUAUUCCUAUCACAAGAAAUAAUAUCAAAGCCAUAAUACUGGACAUGUUUGUGGCUGGAACUGCAACAUCAUCUACAGUACUAGAAUGGGCUAUGUCAGAACUGAUGAAGAAUCCAAGCAUGAUGGAAAAGGCACAAACUGAAGUUAGAGAAGUCUUCAAUGGAAAGACAACAAUUGAUCAAAGUGAUCUUAAAAAACUAAAAUACUUAAAAAUGGUUAUUAAAGAAACUCUAAGAUUUCACCCUCCAGGGCCCUUAUCAAUCCCAAGAGAAUCCAGACAACAAUGCGAGAUUAAUGGAUACACUAUACCGAAUAAGACAAUAGGUAUUGUGAAUAUGUGGGCACUUGGAAGGGAUUCAGAAUAUUGGGCAGAACCUGAGAAAUUUGAGCCAGAGAGAUUCAAUGAAAGUCCAAUUGAUGUUAGUGGAAAUCAUUUUCAAUUCAUACCAUUUGGAGCUGGUAGAAAGAUUUGUCCAGGCAUAAACUUUAGUAUGACAAGCAUGGAGUUAUGUCUAGCUCAGUUACUUCACCAUUUUGAAUGGAAACUUGUGAAUGGAGUUAGUCCUCAACAACUGGAUAUGACUCUGAACUUUGGUAAUGUUGCAGGAAGGAGAAACAGCUUGUACUUGAUUGCCUCUCCAUUUGUUCAACAAGAUGCACGUUGAAUCAUGUUUUUAAGACAAAAUUUAGGAUAGGAAAAUCAAUUUUCCAACUAAUUGUUGGUACCUUGCUUUGUUGAUUGGUACCUGAUCUGCUCUUCCAACUUACGAUUAUGUACAAUAAAAGUAUCAGCUGGCUUGCAAUGUAAUAAUCUUGUUUCAGAUAACAAAUCUAGCAAGUGUUUCCUUUGAGAAAGAAAAUUGCCCUGUUGUGAUCUUUCUACUUCAAUUCCUAGAAAAUAUUUGAGUCCUCCGGGUUGUUCAUCUCAAAUUUAGUCGCCAUUUGGCUUUGGAGUUUAGAAAUUUCUUCAAAAAAUCAUUCCCGGUAAUAAUCAUGUCAUCUACGUAUAUGAUUAGCAUUGUCA